UGCGGUGGAGGUGGCGAGGUGGGACUCCGUGCGGAAGCGAUGGAGGCCCCGUAGAAGCGACCGAGUCGGUCGGAAGAGAAAAGAGACAAGGCCGCGCCAUUUUGGAUCAGUCGUUAAUUUUUGCGUGGAUGCGGCGUUAAUUUUUUUCAAAACACCUCCGCACGUCUGCUGCGAUCCGAUCGGCGCUUCUGCGCUUGCCAAUCGGCCGAAAAGACGAUUUCUGGCCAUGUCGGCGCCCGAAGAGAAAAUGGAAGUGGAUGGAGAGGCGGUCGUUGACCUCAGCGUCGGUCCGACAGCGCCUGCACGCCCACCGCCGCCACCGCCGCCGCCGCCCAGCGAGAAUGGAGGGGGCACACAAUCAGCGGAGGACCUGAGCAGGAGCGCCGACGCCGCUGCCAUGAGACCUCCGGCGUCUCGUGCCAAGGACUACGAGGAGCAGCACCAUCCGCGCCGCAAUUUGCGUCCAAGACGCGAGAGGAGCUACGCUGAGAGCCCGGAUAUUAUAGUUUUAUCGGACGAGGAGCCGCGGAUCAAUGGAUUCGCCAACGGCUAUGAAAGUGACAGUGACGACGCUGAAAUGCCUCCACUGCCCCCAAUCAAGGAAUUAUCAGCUGAAGAACUGGCCACAAAGGAGCGUCUGAUUCGCAAUUUACGUGAAGAGUUGCGCAAUGAAGAAAUGAAGUUGGUGCUGCUGAAAAAACUAAAGCAGUCGCAGCAGAUGAAGGAAAACAUCGCGGUCAUACCGCCGGUCACUCAGGCCCCUCCUGUCGUCACCAAACUCACAUCCUCAGUCACACUGACCCCCAAACUACCCCCGCCAGCACAGCAGGCCGCCCAACCGGUUCCGCCGGCCAUGGUGCGAAGUUCAAAACAGCCACCAGCGCCUUCGGUACUGCCACCACCCCACCGAGGAUAUGGAAGCUCAUCAGGACGUUAUGAGCAAACAAGCCAGAGCCGCAGCUCGCAGAACCUGCCGCCGCCGCUCUUAGGCAUGGGCGGCAGUCGCUCAAACAGUGCAGCCAUGCAGCAGAUGAUGGCCCAGCAGCAGUCUCUGCUCAGGGGCCAGAACAUGGUUGGAGGCCGGAAUCCGGUCAACACGCCGCCGAAUGUCGUCAUGGGAUACCCCAUGGGCGCCACGGAACGCGCCCCCAAAGAGUCCCACCACUCGCCAGCGACACAACAGCUUAUGGGAAAUGUGGAUUCAAAAAUGGGUAAUAUAGGUGCAACCAUGCAACAAUUGCCGCAAGAGCAGGAGAGAAGUCGAUCAGAAGACAACCAAACACCAGCACAACGGCAGGCAGCCGCCAAGCUGGCUCUGCGGAAACAAUUGGAAAAGACGCUCUUACAGAUUCCCCCGCCAAAACCUCCGCCGCCGGAGAUGCACUUCAUCCCGAACCCGUCAAACGCUGAGUUCAUCUACCUGCUCGGUUUGGAGCACGUGGUUGACUACAUCACCAAAGACCAGAAGGCGCCGCCGCAGCCGCCAGACCCGUUCCAGUGCUCACAGUGCGAGACGGACUUCACACCAGUGUGGAAGUGGGAGAAGAGCUCGAAGAGCGACCACAAGCGGCGCCAGCAGCUCAGCAUGGGCCACCAGACGAGUGGAAAAGAGCUGCGGGUCAUCUGCGAGCAGUGCGUGACGACGAACGUGAAAAAGGCGCUGAAAGCCGAGCACACGAACCGGCUGAAGACGGCCUUUGUGAAGGCGUUGCAGCAGGAGCAGGAAAUCGAGCAGCGCAUGGCGCAGGGCGCCGACUCUCCCUCGCCAGUGGCCGCGCCGUCGCCCAAACCGCCAACCCCGGUGCCCACGGCGCCACCGCCGCCACCGCCGCCACAGCAGCAGCAGAGGCAGCAGCAGUCGACGCCGCCGUCGCGUGCCGACCGCGAGCGGGAGCAGCGAGAGGCGGCGCUGGUGGCCGCGGCGGCGGCCGCCCAGUUCCCCAAGUUCGCCGACCCGUCCAAGAUCGCGGCCGCCCUGGCCGCCGCGGCCGCCUCGAACCCCGCGGCCGCCCUGCAGGCGGCGCACCAGCAGUUGCUGCGCAUGCCGCAGCACCAGGCGGCGCCGCUGCCCGCGCACAUGCUGCCCUUCUCACCGCUGCUCUACCCCUACCAGCUGGCCAUGGCGCAGGCUGCCGGCGGCAAGGGGCCCGUCGCGGCCGCCGCGGCCAACCUUGUCGAGCUGCAGCGCCAGGCGGCCGACCUGCACAGACAGUACCUGCUCGACAUGAUCCCCUCCAACUCGCUGCAGCAGGGCUCGCGCGGCGGCAUGAACUGGAAGACGUGAUCUGGCCCCCGCCGAGCGUCCCAAAACUGACCAACCUGACUUUCCGCCUCACCAGCGACACGAGUGUAUGUACACGGCGCGGCUCGUCACUAGUCAAGGCAGCCACUCGACACAACCGUGCAUUGCCAGGUUUUUUAUCCGCUUUUCCUUUCAAGGGUUGCUUGCACUCUCGUACCGAGAAUAUUUUAGCCAAUUUUCUUUCUCGCCCGAAGAAAGAACUUUGUGCGGCGCUUUUGUCCUCCUCUUAAUGGAAAAUUAGUCCUUUUUUCUGACUUUCCGAUUUUAAGAAAUUUGCUUUUGAGAAUUGAUGAUUUGCUCGCACAACAAAAUUUAAUAAAACAAUAAUUUCUUUCUAAUAAGAAGUCUGAAAACUCUUUUAAUUUACGUUAGUGCUAUUGGCUUGAAUCUUGUAAUAUAAAUAUUCCUUUUCUGGAACUGCCGGGAUUCCAUUACUAAUUCCGUUCCUUAUAUUAGAACACAAUCUGACUGGGUUUUAGUUUUUGGUUUCUUUUCAUGACGUGAACCAGGCUGAAAUUGUUUGAUUCGACGAUUUUAGUUAUGUUGUAGCAUCUUCACAAUUUGAAAUUAAUAUCUGGCAAUAUCCGAUGACGCGAAUUGUGAUGCGCCUUGACGCGUGAAACAGCCGCAGACAUGGUGUCCACUGGCUCAAAUCUGUCUGCGUGAUUGUGUUUUUUUGCAAGCGAUUUGCUAGUGUUUUCCUCACUCUCGUUUCUAAAGACUAACUUGCGACUCGUUACGUUGAGCUCUAAUUGUGAUACUCUAUUCUAUGACAUGAGGACUGUUUCUUGUCGCACUGCUCCUUUCAUAAAGGGGCCCACUUUAAAAAGCCAAAUUCAAUUCCACCGCUGAGUAAUAUUUGAGUAUUAUUUAUCGCCCGUAUUUAUAUUGUUAGUUAUGCUUUGGUGUUAUUCUAUUCCUGAUUCAAAUACGUUGUUUGAUGUUGUCUUCAAGUUGAACGCACUUCUUGGUCAUUUUAAUCCAUUAACGAGUCGUAUAAUCUAAGUAAUGAGCGUUAAACACACACACACACACACACACACGUUAGGGAGUGCAAGGUGAUUUUCAGCAGCACGAAUGUUCGUGUCACAGUCGCGAAUCCACUAGGGCGUAUUUCUACUUGGUAAGAUUUCAAAUCUCUUUGUCUCAUCAUGUAAAUUGUAGGGAUCUGAAGGAAGCGCGUAAAUUCAUUGUAGAUUUCUUAAAAUAAAGUACUGUGAACUCUUUUAUUUAAA